AUGGAGCUGAUCAGCAAUGAUGAACUAGCAUUUACUAGGACAGUGAUUUCAACGGGCACUAGAAUCGAUGGCAGAGGCAGGAAUGAAUACCGAACUAUUGAGAUGAUACCAUCUGAAAUAUCACAAAGUGACGGAAGUAUUAGGCUCAAGCGUGGAUUUACAGAAAUUGAGGUUGCUAUCCAAUUCAAAGAAACGAUGGAAACACUACUUUCAUUGGGAAUUAGUCCAUGCACAAAAGCAUCUGGAUUAUCUGAAUCUCGAGUAGAAUCUUUUGGAAUUGAAAUCCCAAGCAUCAUCAGCACGCAGAUUGAGAAUUUCUUCUCAUCAUACAAACUUGGAAUAAGAAUAGAGUUAAGGGUAAUAAGGAACGAUGGAAACAUUUACGAUCUUUUUUUUAUUGGACUGAAUAGCAUACUAAGAAAUAUUUGUGUUCCUGUUAUAGAAGAUCUCAAGCAAUGUGAGAAGUCAACGAUCGAAAUUGCAUUGCCAACAACAGUUGCCUUGUUUGAAAAUUGUGUUUUUGUAAAGGAUCCAACAAUUAUUGAGGAAAAGGCAUCUCUUGGCUUACUUCAUGUCAUUAUUGACAGCAAUGGAAAACUCAUGGGAUGCAUUUCUGAAGGAGAUUGCUACUUAAUGCACAAUGAAUUGACAGAAAUCUUGAAAACCUUAGUUAUAGAGCAUAAUCAGUUCAUUUAA